UAGGUGUACUAAAACACCCUGUAUAACAAACAUUGUUAAUUUAAAUGUGUACAUAACCACAACUCUAGGAAACUAAAAAUGUUAAUGUUAUUAGUGUAAUACUUCAUUAUUUUUUCAGUUACUACCAAAUGAAAUGGAUAUCCAGAAAAGCUUAUUACACAAUCCACAAUUUCAGUUUGGAGCAAUUACAUUUUUUGCUAAGCAACACAAAGGAGAUACCUGUGGGAGUAACGGAUUACCUCUAACUCCAAAUUCAAUAACAGUCUAUGGCAGAGCUCAACUGCUAAAAAUUAUAGAAAAUCCAUACCUUUGCCAGUACAUUGACAUUAUAAGAGGCAAACAUGAGAGAACAGUUGUAGUGUCUCAGUACUGUGGAAAACCAUUAACUGCAUGUUUAAAUACUGAUAAUUUAAAUGUGGAUAAUAUAAAAAAGAUUGCCUACCAAAUUUUGAAAGGACUUGAGGAAUUACAAAAGAGAAACAUCGUUAAUCGAAAUUUAAGCACAGAAAAUGUCCUGUUAAUGGAAGACAAUAAUAUUAAAGUUUUUAACUAUGGACUUUAUUACAUGACAGGGAAUGGACAGUAUGUUGCCUUCCCAGUAAUGUCUGUACUAUACACAGCUCCAGAGGUGUAUCUUAGCAAACCAAGUAGCACUUAUUCACAUCCUAAGGGAGACAUCUGGUCCUUGGGAAUUAUUUUGGCUGAAUUAGUCAUCAAUAAACCACUGUGGAACUCUCUGAAACUAGGUCAAAUAAUAAGGAAGAUAAUGAGCUUAUUGACUGCAAAUGGUAGUGUUUUUGAACGUAUCACAAGAGAACACAAUUGUUAUGAAAAAUACAGUGAAUUGCCAGCAGAUUUAAAGGAUCUUAUAAAUAGCUGCCUCACCGUUUAUCCAAGUAACAGACCAUCAGUACAAGAUUUGUUAAAACGUGAAAUUUUUAAUAAUAUUGCUCCUUCUCCUAUGAAAACUAAAAGUAAAGUAUGUAAACCGUUUCAAAACUUUACUAUAAUGGAAUUUUACCACUGGUGGCAAUUGGCGGGUGGAGAUGUUUUACUGGAACUUAAGAAACAGGGACUUAUACGGACUUCACCGCCCAUUUUAUCUCUUCCUAAGGCAGUAUUGAUGGAUGGAAAUAUACUGGGAUUAGAGCGCAAUUUUAACUUACUGUAUGAUCCUAAAGUUGUUUUAAUGCCACUUGACACUCUGUAUAGAAGAUUUAGUCACAUUCCACUUAGUAGUUAUUACCCUCUUAUUCAUAUAAAUUCUGAUAUAAUUAAAAAGUCUGAGCCUCCACAGUAUGAUGCGUCCAAUUUACCUUUAGUUAUAAGAGAAAAGGACCCUGAAUACCAAUUUCACAGGACAAUUUUAAUGAGAAGACUGUUACAUGGUUAUCCGUUCACUAGAAAUUUAAUAAUAAAAGAAAGUGAAAAGGACAUCCCUCCCCUUUUAAGGGGCAAUAUUUGGGCGGCUCUACUUCAUGUAAAGGGCGAUUAUGAAAAAGAAUAUGCUAAAAUUGAUAAAACUACCCCUACACCUACAGAUAGACAGAUUGAAGUGGACAUUCCAAGGUGUCAUCAGUACAAUGAACUGUUGUCUUCUUCAGUUGGUCAUAAUAAACUUAAACGUAUUUUAAAAGCCUGGGUUUCGAAAAAUUCUCAGUAUGUUUACUGGCAGGGGCUCGAUUCAUUAACUGCACCUUUUCUUUAUUUAAAUUUUAAUGAUGAAGCAAAAGCGUUUGCUUGUUUGUCGUCUUUUAUACCAUUAUAUUUACAUAAUUUCUUCCUAAAGGACAAUGCGGCUGUGAUACAGGAAUACUUGGCGAAAUUUAUGCAACUGAUCUCAUUUCAUGAUCCCACUUUAGCAAACCAUUUACACAAUAUUAAUUUUAUCCCGGAACUGUUUGCUAUACCGUGGUUUUUAACCAUGUUCUCGCACGUUUUCCCUUUACAUAAAAUUUUACAUUUGUGGGACAAAUUAAUACUUGGGGAUUCAUCAUUCCCUCUACAUGUCGGAUUAUCAAUUUUAACUCAGUUAAGAGAAACGCUUCUUAACUCCGGCUUUAACGAAUGUAUUUUGCUCUUCUCUGAUCUCCCCGAAGUUGAUAUUGAACAGUGUGUAACAAGUUCAUUAAAGAGCUACAACAUAACACCAAGAAGCAUAACUUAUCGCAAACAUCAAAAUGAAAACGAAAAAAAUAUAGAAAAUAUGGAUGAAAUGGGAAUCACCGUACAAGAACUUAAUCGUGAGAGGUGUCCGAGAAUACAUUUUACAGAUGUCGUCAAACUUGUAAAUGAAGAAAAAGCAAUUAUAAUCGACAUUAGAAAUCCUACUCAAUUUAGUAGGUACGCUGUUAGAGGAAGUUUAAAUAUUCCGUUUUCGAGUGUAACGUUUGGAAGUCCUGUUUUGGAAUCUAUAGGGCCGCAUGGUGCUACAUUAAAAAAUAAUACUGAAAAAGUGGUAGUCGUAGUUGGAACGGAAGAUACAGAUUUGGAAUUGUUUCCUAAAUUUUUGCUAGAAUGCAAGGUAAGCAGAGUUUGCGUGCUUCAUGGAGGUUUCAACGUGCUGUUACCAAAAUAGCAACAAUGUACUCAACUAUACCCAACAUCAGCUGCCUUCCACAAUCCGUCGCUGUUGUGUUCGUACCGCAUAAAUUCCAG